AUGGAGUGCGGAUCAAGGAUAGAGGAUGGUUCAAUUCGUGUCUAUGUCAUGUUAAUGCGGAUGAAGUGGAAAAUGGCAACAGGCGUACUGUGCAACAAGGAAGUCCCUGUUCGAUUGAAGUCGAAGGUCUACAGGACGGUUGUGCAUCCUGUCGCUCUUUACGGAUGCCGGUGCUGGCCGACAAUGAAGGCCUUGGAAAGAGUGUUGCACGCUAUGGAGAUGCGGAUGAUGAGGUGGAUGAUAGGUGUAACGCUAGAAGACAAAGUGUCCAACGACACUGUACGCUCCAUCUUCAGUGUCGUUCUGAUAACUGAGAAGAUGUAG